UGCUCUGUACGCAGGUGUCAUGGCGGCUCUCUAGUCAGUGUUGGAGCGUGUGUUUGUUAUUGUUCCUAAAGUGAUUUAAUUCUUCAUCUCGUGUGAUUUUACUGUCCGCUGGCGAUCGUAAAAAAUCGUAUACAACAUAUGCAAUCGCGGAUGCAAUUAAACCUCCUUUGACGGUCGUGGACAUCCAGACAGUUUAUAUAUGCAUAUGCUAAGCUAAGAUAGAAGCUGUGUAUAAAGUGAGCUUAUAAACUCAUGAUCUGAACUAUUUCACGUAAUACACGCGUUUAUAAACUCAUAGGACCUUUUCCCCAUCAUAAACGGGUUUGGAAACAUAGACUAUGAGCACACAAUACAGUAUACUCUUCAAGCAAGAGCAUGCUCAUGAGGAUGCAAUUUGGACAGCGGCAUGGGGCCGCAGUGAGAAAGACGGAUCAGAAACCAUCGUCACCGGCUCUCUGGAUGAUCUGGUUAAAGUGUGGAAAUGGUCGGAUGAAAAACUGGAGCUGCAGUGGACCCUGGAGGGUCACCAGUUGGGCAUAGUCUCUGUUGAUAUCAGUCAAAACGGGGCGAUCACUGCCUCCAGUUCUCUGGAUGCUCACAUUCGCCUUUGGGACCUAGAAACGGGCAAGCAAAUCAAGUCCAUGGAUGCAGGCCCAGUUGAUGCCUGGACUGUCGCUUUUUCCCCGGAUUCUAAAUACAUUGCUACCGGAAGCCAUCUAGGGAAGGUCAACAUUUUCGGCGUGGAGAGCGGAAAAAAGGAGUACUCGCUGGACACAAGAGGGAAAUUCAUUCUGAGCAUCGCUUAUAGUCCAGAUGGAAAGUACUUGGCCAGCGGUGCUAUCGAUGGAAUCAUUAAUAUCUUUGAUAUUGCGACUGGGAAACUCCUGCACACGUUGGAAGGUCAUGCUAUGCCCAUCAGGUCUCUGACCUUCUCUCCAGACUCUCAGCUGCUGGUUACGGCAUCAGAUGAUGGCUACAUCAAGAUUUAUGAUGUGCAGCACGCUAAUCUGGCUGGGACUCUUAGUGGUCACGGGUCGUGGGUGCUGAACGUGGCUUUCUCACCUGACGACACGCACUUUGUGUCCAGCUCAUCAGAUAAGAGCGUAAAAGUUUGGGACACCAACAGCAGAUCGUGUGUGAAUACGUUCUUUGAUCAUCAGGACCAAGUUUGGAGUGUGAAAUACAAUCCCACCGGCUCAAAGAUCGUCUCAGCGGGCGAUGAUCGAGCAAUCCACAUUUAUGAUUGUCCCAUGUGAAUCUCCCUGUCAGUGCGGCCUCUUGAAAAAUCUUCUGCAGGCCGAGACCACACCAACUCCUUUUAUUAUUAUUUUUAUUUCAUGGUUUCAUUGCCAAAUUCAACAUCUGUAUAUGGAGAUAAAAACGUUUUUGUUUUCUAAAGAAGUUUGUCCCUAUUUGGCCUGUGUUGUGAUUUCUGCAUUAUGUACAUUUAAACGCUGUACUGCCCUCUACAGGCCUCUGGCAGUUACUGCAUCUCCACUGCAACAUCAGUUUAGAAAAUACUUUUUGGUUUGGCUGGCUCUGAGCUUAGGGAUGCUAAAUUCUUCCUUUUCUGAAGCUAAAUUUAGUUAGGUAAAUUUAGUUAGGUUUCUACAUCUUCCUUAUUAAAAUCACUUGAAAGGGAUACUUAAGGCUUAAACACAACAAAGAAAUAAUAAUAAUCAGUAAAUGGAACAUCUGCUAUGACUUUUUCCACCUCUCAUGAGUUUGCAUCCUGAAAAUGUGUAAUAAAUACUGAAUGUUAUCUGA